CCCGCCGCCGCUCGGUGGUGGCACGUUACGCGUCACGUGAUGCGUGUCACAUGUAACACGUUGCCACGCCUCCUUCACCUUCUGCCCAGGCACGGGCGAGUAGCGACGCCAGGAAUCGAUACCGGCCGAUACCGCCCUUAUUUUAAUGUAUCUGACAGCAGCAGCCGCCGAUACUUAAAGGCAAAAAAAAAUGGACGUGGCGUACGGCCUGUUACACACACGAGGGUUUGUCAAGUCUCUACUCAGUUUUGGCCCACACAUAAGAAUAGGAGGUAGGCAACGUUAAGCUAGGAGGGGCACUUUCCGUGUGCGUGGACGGCAAGACAACCGAGGAUGGCGGUACAUCGUGCCGCAUACGCUUGUGCGCGACAAUGAGAAAUUCUAUAUUGAGCAUGCGACCAAAAAGUAAACCUCGUGAAAAUUGGUGGAGAAAUGAGCAAGUUAACGUCGCCCCCAUCAACGUGGCCGCCACGUAGACUCAUCGGUUAGCUGGCCUGCUACAGUGCGCUCCGAUAAUCUCAACGCACACCGAGCACCACCAUCGAACCAUCGAUCUCCAAUCUCGCCCUCCAAGACAGAAAUCGAGUGUGAUCGAACAAAAAAACCAAACAUCGUGGUACAAGCCCUUCCGGAUAUUUUGCACUGAUGUGUGCAGGGUGUGCCCCUCCCCCCCACCCCGAUUCCUUGUAGGGCGCGACAGAUAUGGAUUUUUUUUUCAGGCAGAUUACAGUAUUUGGCAGGAAACUGAUUAAUCGGCCGAUUAAUUUAAGAAACAUAUAAUGAAUGAAUCAAAGAAGCUCUUUUUUGAUCCCUUAAUGCUUACAACAAUAAAGAUCUGAAUUCCAGGCCGAACAUUUAUUUGACUGCUUUGCAAUAUUUCUUGACAACACAGAAAGAAAUCAGGGGUUUGCCCUUUUUCGCCGAUUUGGUCGAAUGGCGUUAUCUUCGUCUUAUGCUGUAAUGUGUUCAACAAUGAAUCGGUCGGGGCCCCGCUCCCUCGUUCGGCAGUCAGGUCGCGUCUCGAUGGGCCGCGUUCCGUCCCGCGUCGCAAUCCUCGGCAAUCCUUUUUUGUUCGUAAACAUCGAACGCGUUUUAAUAUUUUUUCAGAUUGUCGGCGCCAACCCGUCUGGAACCCUAAAAUCAGGCCAGAUCCACUCUCAACGCACCUCGCAUCUCGUAGGGCGUACUAGAACUGGCCGAUUGUCUUUUUGUGUGUACCGGGCCGACGUCCUCCUGACCAGUAGUUGCCUUCUACUCUGCUGCGGAAAGAGAGAAAAUCGGAAUGGGACGUAUCAGAAGCAAUGGCGCUAUUGGGCAUCGGCGAGUACUCGGACUGGUAUCGGACAUCCCCGUGGCCGACGCCCACGAUUGGUCGACGGCUCGCUCUCCGGGACCGUCGCCGUUCGCCGGCCGUCUGUAAAUGUUUGCAAAUCUAUUUUUUCUAUGUAACGUGACGAUCUGGACAUAGAUGUUAUUUUUAUAUCUGGCAGAACAUUUUUGUAAGUAUUUUCUACUUUUGAUAUGUUUGUGUAAAACAAGAAGAUUAUGUACUGUAAAUAUAAAAUACUCCACAACCACUUCCUGCCUGCGUGCGUGAAAAGAUCAGCCGCCGUCCCGUCAUUUGCAUGCGCCGGCAAUCAUUGGCCACCGGCCCGCCCGAGGGUCCCCGCGCGUCGCCGCCGGGACCGCACACGCGAGCGGACGCCAUGGAUCGUCGUCAGGUCGUCGGCCUCGCCGCCGUCACCGUUGCCGCCGUCCUGCAGCAAGCCUACUUCUCCCUGCAGGUGAUCAGCGCCCGCAGGAAGUUUGGCGUGCCCCCCCCGUGUACGAGUGGUCCCCCCCACUUUGAGAGGGUCUUCAGGGCUCAAGUGAAUUGCUCCGAAUAUUUUCCGCUCUUCAUCGCCAUCUUGUGGACGUCUGGCGUCUUCUUCAGCCAAGGUGUGUCUUGCGUGUGCGGCGUGGCGUACCUGUACGCGCGCGCGCGUUACUUCCGAGGUUACGCGAUGUCGCCACAGCAACGAAAGUUUCCAAUGUUGAAAGUCAACGAGCCGAGAGAAAGCCGAAGCUCUCUUCCCGUGGCGUCCGUCAACGCAUCAGCGUGUAAAUCCGGGCGGGCGGUGCGGUGCGGUGCGUUCAGGAACUUUGAAAAGUUUCCAGCGAUCACGCGGCGACGGCGACGAAAGAGGGAGCCGGCCGAAAAAGACGCCGCGGAGCGACGAGGCAGGCAUGGGCUGCGGCCACAGCAAGAUGUCGAGCGAGUUCACGAGGAGGUCAAAGUUCAGCUGACGGAGAAAUUUCAGAUCAGUGAGAACCUGUUGAAGGGGGAGCUGAGCGAGUUGAAGGCGGAGCUUGAGCCUUACAACGAGCUAAAGAGGCGUGUCCAAGAGGCCACCUUCAAGAAAGAUCUCCUCAGAAACAUUCAGGCGCACGGCAGCCCAGGUGCGUUCUGGGAGUCGGAGCAGGAGUCGUUGCUGUUCGUCAUCGAGAUGAAGAGCGAACGCCUCCGUGAGCAAAACAAGAAGUUGCAACGUUUGGAACAGCUGGCGGAGGAAAAGUCGCGCGUGGACGAACAGUUGGCGCAAACGUUGCAGCAAAACGAGGACUUGCGAGUUCGUGUGGACAAAAAUCAAAGCGUCCUGCGACACGUGUGCCGCGAGCACGAAGACGUGCGCGCGGCGUUGGAGCAUCAGCGUUUGUUCAACCAGGUGUUGAUGCGAGAGAAAGAGGAGCUCCUCUUCAAACUCCGACACGGCGACGCGUGCCCCGCCCUCGACGUGGCCGCCAUCACGCCGUCUUGAUUGGCCCCCGAGGACGUCGCCUUUACAUUGGCCACGCCUCCAACAGGAAGUCCAUUUAAAAAAAUAAAAAUAAUUCUGGAAGACGCUACAAACUUUUAGUUCACAAAUGCAACAGACUCUGCAUUUUUUUUUUUCAGGAAUUUUGAAACUUUUUCAAGAUUUCAGGAGUGACUCGUGCUGAGUCAUGCGACUGUGAUGUCACUCAGCUUGGGGAUGUGCUAGCAUGUUACGAUGUAGCAUUUAUUAUUAUUUUUUUAAUGUAUAUAUAAUUAGGAAUGAUGUUUAGGACUGAGUGAGUUUCCUUUUUUUUUUUUUUUUUAUAUACAAGUGGUUAGCACGUCAUCAUGUCGUGACGUUAGCUAGCAUGUAGCUUGGUCAACCUAAGAAUGAGUGUCAUGUUAGCGUUUCCGCGCUUUCAAAAUAAAUGUUACAUUUGAUCACUCAUGUUAGCACUGUAGCAUGUAGCGUCAUUUGAAGCCACUUGUUUGAUUCUACUGUAUUUUUUUAAAAGACAAUUUUCUGUGAAUUUGUUUGCCAAAGGUUUGUUCUUGUUGUUAUGGUGAAAAUGAAAAUGGUGGUCACGCACUCGCACUUUUUCCACAUGCGUGUCAACUUUUUCUUCACGUUCUGUGAACUAAACUUUGUCAUCUUUUUCAAGUGUUGUGAGUUUCCGCGCAUGUUUUUGACGGCAUAAUAAAAUGUUCAAACUGG